AUGUAUAACAGAAGAGGUUCCGCAGAGUCCGAAAUGGCGGCUGCUGGCAGUGCGAGGAAAUUCAGAAAGAAACCACCCACGUUACACCUGACCAGUGCCACACAGCUUCCAGAGAGCACCAAUUGCCUGGCGUGUUCCGAUGACGGUACAUACCUCACCCUGGGUCACUCAGGAGGCUUCUCUGUGUGGUCUGUGGGUAGUCUGAGAUGUGAGGCCGAGUGGUUGCAGGACAGGCUGGAGAUUACUUCCAUUCACAUGACCCGCACCAGUGAGACUGCCUAUUUGCUGGGCACGAUCGAUGAUAUGGGUGUUGCUCGAAUCUUUGUGUAUAACUUAGAAGGCAUUUAUCCUUUCAGUGUUAUUAACAUGCUGGACGAUAUUAACAAGAGGAGCGUUUGCUUUUACUUUGAGCUAUCUAAAGGAGGUGAACAUGGAGCUAUAAUAAUGAAGUGCAACAGUGAAAUUUGGCUUGAAAUCUAUUACUUUCCCAUACAGGACUGGCUGAGAGAGCUAAAGGAUCCCAAAAUUUCUGCAAACAUGAAAUGGUCUGCUGCUGUUCGUGUGAAUAGAGUUAAUCCAUCAACAGCAAUCACGACAGAGGUCCCCACCAUAUUGUCUCACUUCUUAGUUUUGGAUGAAACAAGCGAGCCACCCAGACAUUGCACUCCACACUUUCUUCUGUGCUGUGGCCACUCCUAUGGAAAGAAUAAAGCAAAGCCGGGAUCCCCGCUUGCCGUCUGUUUUUGGUGGAACGGAAGUUACAAUCUUCUCUACCUGCUGCUGUCCAAAACACCAAAAGCCAAACAAGAUCCAGAACCUCCACCGUUGGUGCUGUGGGCCAACGCUGCUGAAGUUGUCUGCUCCGCCGUCAGUAUGUGCACUCGUUUCAUUGCGCUCGGCCUGAGCAACGAUCUGCUGUGUGUUUGGGACAGGCUGUCUGGCUCUCCGUUGUCUGUCUCUGGAGUAUCAACAGACAGUUCCUUCCUCAGGCUGCACUUUGUGGAUUACUGGCCUGCGUGCGCCGACAAUACUCCGACUUUAAUCGCAGGUGAAAUCCACCUUGUGACGCUUUGCGAGAGCGGCGCCGUUCACGUCGUAAGCACGGGCCGGGGAACAGCAACCAGCAUUGUGCAGCUCUCUCCAAGGCCAAAAGACAGCGGUGACCUCCCGACUGUUGCCGCAUCAGUCCCCUUCCUGCAGGGCUUGUCACUGGUGGUGCGUCGAAAUGGAAAAAUUUUCCUACAAGAUGUCGUCAACAGAGCUACGGUGUCCGUCUUGAGUUUGCCCGCUAGUCAUCUGCUGGCUACCCCCUGCAAUCCUAUUUAUGCUCUGAAUGUCAAGCACCGCAUUCUCUUCAUACGAGCUGACCAGGAGCCCACCCCUGGCACUUCUUCCCUGGACGAUCCAAGUCAGAGUCGACUUCUCAUAAUGCGUUUUGAUGAGCAUGACGCCAUAAAGCCAUAUGUUGUUUCACAUCCCGAAUCUCCAUGGCAACAAAAAACAAGCUUAGUUACUGGAGAGGAAGCCUGCAACCUGUAUCUCCAACAAAGAGCUCUGUCAAUGGAUGAGAGGCAUAAAGCUAUAACGCAGACUUGGAAGCGACUGCGGUGUGCCACUACCAUGUAAAAGCAUUAAAGACUGCAAAACAUUUAGAUUUUACCCAGAGGUAACAUACAGUGACAUACAUACAUACAGUGUCAACUAGUUGUAUGGAUUGAAUUUGUUCUGUGACCAAGCUUGUAACUCAAAUCAAUU